GUCAUUUUGAUGUGACGGUGAGCGGAGAGCAGGUCAUAGAGCAGAGGCGUGAGCAGCAUGUGCAAAUAUUUUCUCAUAUACAAAAUUGUACGACAUAAGUUGUUGUAAAAAAGUCUUGAAGGGAAUUCAUAUUUCUGGUUAGCAAAUAGGAGGCACAGGUGUAACCAAGCCCACAGACAAGCACCAAAACGAGCCUACUAAAGACUACUGGAGUGAAUCAUGGCAGUGUGGCGGUGUAUGAUCUGUUUCGUUUUUGUUGCGUUAAGUAUAAAAUCGCUCCUCAGCCACAUAAAUGUCACGCAUAGCCGUAGUCAAGAUUUUUGGGUUCUGUGUGGAAUUGAUGGUUGUGAACAAGAUUUUAGAGUUUACAACUCAUUUUAUCGCCAUCUUAAACGAACACACCCUUUGUAUUUGGCGACCGGAUGCCCACCAAUGGCAUGGGGGACAACACCUACUUCAGCUGCACUUGGGUCAGAGAACUUUGGUGCAUCUAUUUUUUCUGAAGCCGCUACUCCUGCAAGAACGUACUUUGUGGAGGAACAGUCACACGGCAGUCAAAUUGAAACUUGUAUGGAAACUCCUCCUGAUUCCCAUUCUUGUAUUCAGGAAAAUAAUGGAGCUGGAACAUCUGUAACCGAACCGGAUAUUGGCAAGUCUGCGGCAGCUUUUGCAAUCAGUGUCCGGGAAGAAUGCCAUCUGUCACAGAGGACCGUCAACAGAGUCAUUGGAGGGGUGCAACAGUACCAAGCAACUCUCUUGGAUACAUUAAGGAUAAGAAUGAGAAGCGUUUUUGACAGACAUCCAGAGACAACCACUCAGCUUCAAAAUGAGGUUCUGAAUACUUUUGAUACUUUCGAAGAUCCUUUCUCAACCACAGCAUAUGGACAGAAUAGGACUAUUUGUGAACUCUUCAGUCCAGUCUGCCCAGAGGAAGUAGUUGUCUCUCAGAAGAUUUGUUUGGUUAAGCAAGGUAGUUCAAAGGUUAUGGCCAUAAGAAACAAAAGUUUUUACUAUGUACCACUAAUUGAAAGUCUAAAGCAGCUACUGACCAAUUCCAGAAUUUUCUCCAUGUUGAACACUGUACCACAGAGAAGCAGAGAGGGAUUCUUGUAUGACUUUUCAGAUGGGUCUCUUUUUACAUCUCAUCCUUUAUAUUCUGUGAGGCCUAAUGCUUUGCAGAUCAUUUUGUACUCAGACGAGAUUGAAAUAUGUAACCCUUUAGGGCCCCAUACUUCUUCAAAUAAGUUGUUAAUGGUUUACUACAGUUUAGGUAAUAUUGAUCCAAAAUAUAGGUCCAAAAGAAAGGGUACCGAGGGCCUCAUCGAGUUCCGAGAGGCUCAGAGUAGUGCUCCACCCAAACCUCCAUCUGCUGUACUCGAUCCUGAAUGA